CGAGGGACUACACUUCCCGUGGUGCCUUGCGGCGACAGCGUGGUUCCGCCAUGCCGAAGGCCAAGGGGAAGAAUCGGCGGCAGAAAUAUUCCUACAACCUCAACCGCAAGCGGCUCUACCGCAGCGCUCGCCGCCGCGCCGCCCCCCGCAUCGCCUGCUCGCACAUCCGCCAUGCCUGGGACCCCACCAAGUCGGUUGCGCAGAACCUGGCUGACAUGGGCCUGGCGGUGGACCCCAACAAGGCUGUCCCCAUCCCCAAGAAGAAGCUGCUGGGGAUGGAAGUGGAAAGCGAUGGAGGAGAGCAAGGGAAGAAAAUAGUGCGGAAGCCCUACGUGGUGAACGAGAUGGAAUAUGAGGCCAGUCUCCCCGAGAAGAAGUCGAACACACUCUCGCGAGACCUCAUUGACUAUGUGCAGUACAUGAUACAGAACCACGGUGAGAACUACAAGGAAAUGGCUCGAGAUGAGAAAAACUAUUACCAGGAUACUCCCAAGCAGAUUAAGAGAAAGAUCAAUGUGUACAAGAAUUUCUAUCCCGAGGAGUACAAAGGUUUCAUUGCAUCACUCAAGCAGGAAAAAAUGGAUAUGCAGUGACCACCUGCAAAUGCAGGCCUGACCUGACCAUUUUCUGAACCAAGCGGGGACUGACUGACAGGUGACAGCCACCCACGGGUUCAGUGUCUGCAAGAUGCAUGCAAGUCAAGCUACGCAAAGGUGCAAGGACCUUCAUUGGACAGGGAUAGUUAUAAGCAGGAGUGAACGAUUCUGGGGUGUGGGUUAUGGCACUGGACUGACUGUGCUGUGCCCUUCCCUUUCUGUGUGGCAGUCAGCAUUUCUUUUGCCUCUUUAAUAAAUUACUUUUUCAAGCGGUUGU